AACAACCUGUCGAACAUGACGAUCAUUCACGGCAACGAGCCGAUUGGUGCCGUUUAUUUAUUGUACUUUUAAUUAAAUUUUAAAUAAGUUUUCAAUUAUCAGCAUUGUUAUUAAAUAAUAAAACUAUUUAAAAAUUUCAGAUAUAAAUAAAAAUUUAUGUGAAGUUUAUAAAAAGCCAACGCCCUGGAUUAUAGUCUAAGUGCAUGAGGAUGUACAUCAAAAAAUAAUAUGUAGCAGUAUGUAGUUUUAGUUUAGUUUUGUUUUUUUUUUAUUUUUGUUUAAUUUUAACUGUGCGGUUUUAUUUACGUUAAUAAAACGAUAGAGAGGACAACGAGGUCGCAAGCAUCACUACGCUUGUAUGUGUGAUUAUAUUUAUAUUGCUGUUUUAUAUGAACGUUGUUGUGUGUAAGUCUGUCACUUGGCUUCCUAUCCCCGCUCUACUCUAUCAUACAAUUACGAUCUACUCUACUGAGUUUAUAUUCCAAAGACUGUUGUUGUCUUACCUGGAUUUUUCAUUGAUUCUCGGUCAGAAUGUCGUCUACUGUUAGUACCAGGUCGAUCGGUCAUGAAAAACUUGCUGUCAUAUCCUGGAUACUCGUAUAAUAUUUUUUUUAUUUAUAUUUUAUUUAAUCAGACAGCUAAUUAACGUGACUAGAUCAUUUUAUUACUGGAGAUAUUUAUUUUUGAGUUUGUUCAUACGGAAUUUAUAAAACUCAUUUUUGUUUUUAUUUAUUGAGUUAUUAUUUAUUUCAGAAGCUGCUAAAAUGUUUACGAGAAAGAAGAAGAAACCGCAAAUAUCAACGCCGACAAAUUUUGAACAUCGAGUGCAUACGGGUUUUGAUAAACGUGAAGGAAAGUUUGUUGGAUUACCGCUGCAGUGGGCGUCAAUUGUUGGUAAUAAUCAGAUAUUAAAGUCAACUAAUCGACCACUGCCACUAGUUGAUCCUAGUGAAAUAACUCCGACAGAAAUAUUAGAUUUAAAGACAAUUGUACGUGGGCACAAUGACCCACGUAUUAGUAAAAAUAAUGGACAGACUAAUGGUAAUAGUAAUGAAAGUAAUACAAAUACUAAAUUUGAGAAUGGUGGAUUACCAAAAAUGAGCACUGUCGCAAGAUCUAAUUCAUUGAGAUCCUCAAGUCCACCUAGAUUGAGACGAGACUAUCGAAAUAAUUCAAAUUUACCGCCUUCUGUUCCUGAAGGACAAGAAGUAUCAUCAAGUCCAAGUCAAAUACCACCUUCGUAUCCAAGUUAUGGAAAACCUUAUGGUUAUCCAGAUAAAAUGCGUCAACAAAAUUCACCAAGUGUUGGUAAUGUUGGUGGUCCUGGUCCUGGUCCUGGUCAUAUUAAUAAUAAUUCAAGCUUACAAAAUGUAACAUCUAAUUUACAAAAUAUGAAUCCUAAUAUGCAAUCAUCACCAAAUUUAACAAAUUCAGUAAAUAAUACACAAAAUUUGUCAAUGAAUUUCCAAAAUUUAAGUCCUAUACCAAGUCAUCAAGACCCAUCUACUAUUAAUAAUUCAAUUAGUAGUCCAAUAAACGAACAUGAUUACCAGAGAAUGAAUGCACCAUCAACAAUGUCAGGGCAGUACAAUGGAAACAGUCAGCCAACACCAGACACUGCAAGAGAUCAUGCAAUACCGCAAAAUAUGAUGAUACAUAAAUUACAGCCCAAAGUAUCACCAGUUGGUUCGAUAGCAUCCCAACGACCGCUCAGCCAAUUGAGUACUCACAAUAUUAUAAAACAUCCUCAUAGUUAUGGCAUAGCUGAUAAUAAUUCAUCAUCAUUGCAUGGACAUUUUAAUAAGCCACCAGAGAGCUCACAGUCGAUGCACAAUUUAUCAAAGUUAGCUGGACAUCCCCAGUCAUCAGCUAUGCCAAGUUCAAGUGCCACUGGCCCUAUGCCAGAUCAUAAUCAAAGUAUUAAAGGCGCGAUGUCAUCGGGUAGUCUUAUUCCCGGCUCUGCAAAUUUAUCUGCUAGUAAUAAUAAUAAUAACAACAACAACAACAAUAAUAAUAAUAACAACAACAAUAAUAAUAGUAAACAAAAUGCUGAUCAGAGAUUAACGCAUGAACAAUUUAGAAAAGCGCUGCAGAUGGUAGUCAGUAGUGCAGAUCCACGUGAUAAUUUAGAUAAUUUUGUAAAAAUAGGUGAAGGUAGUACUGGUACUGUUUGUAUUGCAACAGAUAAAGAAAGAAAACGUCAGGUUGCUGUUAAAAAAAUGGAUCUGCGAAAACAACAGCGACGUGAAUUACUUUUUAAUGAAGUUGUUAUAAUGCGAGAUUAUCAUCAUGUAAAUAUUGUUGAGAUGUAUGACAGUUUUUUGGUUGAUGAUGAACUGUGGGUUGUAAUGGAGUAUCUUGAAGGUGGAGCAUUGACGGAUAUUGUAACGCAUUCACGUAUGAAUGAGGAACAAAUAGCAACUGUUUGUAUUCAAUGUCUCAGACCUUUGCAUUAUCUCCAUUCUCAAGGUGUUAUUCACCGGGACAUUAAAUCAGAUUCAAUUCUUCUUACUGCUGAUGGCAGAGUUAAACUUUCAGACUUUGGAUUCUGUGCUCAGGUAUCGCAAGAAUUGCCAAAGAGAAAGUCACUUGUUGGCACACCUUACUGGAUGAGUCCAGAAGUUAUUUCAAGGUUACCGUAUGGACCUGAAGUUGAUAUUUGGUCAUUGGGAAUUAUGAUUAUUGAAAUGGUUGAUGGUGAACCUCCGUUCUUUAAUGAACCACCUCUCCAAGCUAUGAGAAGAAUCCGGGAUAUGUUACCGCCUAAAUUAAAAAAUUCACACAAGGUGAGUCCGCGACUGCAAGGCUUCUUGGAAAGAAUGCUGGUUCGUGAUCCAGCGCAGAGAGCCACUGCUGAAGAAUUACUUCAACAUCCGUUCCUAAGACAAGCAGGAAACCCUAGCGUCUUAAUACCGCUGAUGCGUAGCGCAAGACAUACCAAUUGUUGACCUAAAUAAAUUUAAAUCAAAUCGAUUUAUUUUAUUAUACAAUUUUUUAGCAUUUGAAAUUGUUACAUUGAGAUUUUUUAAUAAUUAUCACUAAUUAAUUAAUUAUUUAUAUUACAAGUGACUGGAAAUUUUACAUUCCACUUUUUCUUAUUAUUUUUUUUGACUUAAAUUUUUUACACUCGAGAUAAACAAAAAAAAAAACAAUAAUUGACUUUGUAAAGAAUGUGGUAGCUAUGCCUUGUUAUAUAUAGAAUAUACAUACAUAGAAGUAUAUUUAUAUUAUAUAGAUAUAAAAAGUAAUGUAGAAUUUACACAUGAGUGCCUUCAAAUAUUGUAGAGUAACGUACCAUAUAAUUGUUAUGAGUGCAGCUAAAUUUCUAGAAUUUCUUUUUUAUAUAUAGAUUAAAGAAAUAUUAUAAAAUAUAUAUAAAAAAAAAGUAUUGCACUUAUUAUGCCACUGUAGGACUAAUAAUUUUUAAAUAAUUAAUUAAAAAUAACUUAUAAACAAAAAUAUUUUUGGCCUUCUGUAAUUUUAAGACUGAAAAUUUUUCGCGAUGAUCAAAAUUAAAUAAUUAAUUUUGUUAUUGUAUUAUUUUUAAAAAAAUUUUUAUAAAAUAUUUGGAUUGACAUGUUUGUUUUUAAAAUGAUUUUUUAUAGUAGCAAAAUUAAACGAAUUUAAUUAGUAAAGGGUGUGGUGCAUCCCUGCAGAGAAUUUCUUUAUAUUAUAAAAUCUCACAAAGUUCUCUCCUACACGAAUCAACUGUACAGAUAAAUUUUUCCAUGGCAACAACUCUGCAGAAGAUUAUUUUCACGUCGUUCCAUCUCUACAUGAGAACAUCUCUCAUAUUAAAAAUUUUACAGGAAUAAACUCUACAGAGAUCAUCUUUAAAGCGAUAAUUUUUACAUGGCUCUACUCUGAUUUUAAAAAAUGAUUUGGAAUAAUUCAAAACAAUUUGAAAUGAUUUAAAACAAUUUAAAUCGACUAAUAUAUAGAUAUACACUGAGAAAAAAAAGUACUAUUUUCCAAACAAUAAUUUCUUGGUUCAAGAAAUCCGUUGAAAAUAUUUAUUUUAUUAUUAUUAAUUAUCAAUUUCUUGAGAAAAGAGCAUCAAAUUUAUUUUUGUUAAUAUAUGAAUUUGAUAUUAUAUUAUGAGUAAACAAAAGAAUAGCUUUACUUGAAUUAAAUAAAAAUUAUUUCCUUCAAUUCUACGAAUUCUUGAGACAAAAUUAUAUAUUCUUGAAAAUUAUCAAGAAUAUAUGUUCUCAUAUCAAGUAAAUAUUCUCGAUAAAAGUAUUUUUUUUUCUCAGUGUACACUUAACAUGGAGCAAAUCAUUUUUCUUCAUCAGGGUAAGUUCAAACAAUAGAAUUUUUGUUUUUAUAUUUUAUUAAUAAAGUUGGUUAAUUAUAUAAAAGAAAGAAUUAAUUAAAGAGAAAUGAAAUCAUUUAAAUAUUCAAAAAGAUAACUUGUCCUGACACAAAUAAAAUAUAUGAAUAAAAUGUCAAAAAUUUUACUGUUCGAACUUAGCGCCAUGUAAAAAUGAUCGCUAUAAAGUUGAUAUCUGUAGAGAUUUUUAAUAUGAAAGAUGUUGUCAUGUAGAGAUGGAACGAUGUGAAAAUAAUCUUCUAGAGUUGUUGCGAUUUAAAAAUUUAUCUAUAGAGUUAAAUCGUUCAGGGAAAAAUUGUAUGAGAUUUUGUAACGGAGAGAAAUUAUCUGUAAGGAUGCACGACAUCCAUUAGUAAAGAAUACAAGUAAAAUUAAAUUAAAACUUUUUAUGAAAUGUAAUAAAAAUUACAAUUUUUUAUAGUGAUGCUUUCAGA